UUAAUUUGGUUCCUUGCGGCAUUGUUUUUGGUUUGUUGUUGUGUUUUUCUUGUUUCUGAGAUAUACGGGAGCCCUAUUUUUUGGGGCAAACUAGUUAAAUUUCUUGAAAACUAUUGAAAUUCGGGCAAAUGUGACAUAAUCCUGGAAAACCCCAGAGCUGUUGAAAAUGGGGGAGACUAUCGUGAGGAACAAGCAGGUUAUAUUAGCUUCCUAUUCAAAUGAAGGGCCUGUCACACAAGAUCAUCUUAAUGUCAUAGAAACCCAACUGGACAUUAAAGGAUGCAAACACGGGGAGGUUACAGUGAAGAACAUGUGGAUAUCUGUAGAUCCGUAUCUCAGAGCACGUAUGAAAAACCUUGGCACCGGUUUGUUUCUGCAGAGCUUCAAAUUGGGUCAGCCAAUUGUGUCUAGAUCAGUUUCAAAAGUUGUGGCCUCCGCUGAUGGACAAUUUAAAGAAGGUGACAUUGUGUACGGAUAUUGUGAUGUUGCUGAGUAUGCAGUGCUCAGUGGAUCAGGCCUCACAAAACUUAAUGCGGAUGUAGCUCCAUUGCCCCAUUACUUGGGGCUUCUAGGUUCUUCUGGGUUGACGGCAUACAUUGGGCUGAUGAAGAUUGGAGAACCUAAGCCCGGAGAGCAAGUAUUUGUUUCUACAGCAGCAGGUGCAGUGGGGCUUGUUGUAGGGCAGCUUGCUAAAAUUAAUGGCUGUCGUGUUGUUGGUGCCACAAGUAGUGAUGAAAAGGUCAAGGUGCUAAAAGAAGAGUUUGGAUUUGAUGAUGCCUUCAAUUAUAAGUCUGAAACAGACUGGGAUGCAGCUUUGAGCAAGUACUUCCCAACAGGGAUAGACAUCUACUUUGAAAAUGUUGGAGGGAGGAUGCUGGAAGCUGUUCUCAACCACAUCAAUAUGAAUGCUCGCAUCCCUGUCUGUGGAAUGAUUUCUCAAUAUAAUGAGGAUUGGAAGCAAACAUAUGGAGUAAGAAACCUCUUAAACUUAGUGGUAAGAUGUGCAAAGAUGCAAGGAUUUAUUGUUGGACAUCAUUUGGAUCACAUGGAUCAAUUCAGAGAGGAGAUGAUAAGCUACACAAAACAGGGCAAGUUAAAAUACAGAGUUGAUAUUAAGCAAGGUAUAGAUAGCUUCUUGGAAGCAUUCAAUUCUAUGUUUAGUGGUAAAAACAUAGGGAAAACUGUGGUCCAACUCUAAGGGAUUUACUCAACCGAAUUUCCCUUAUUUUCAACUGAAACAAUGGUAAAAUAAAGCAAAAUGAAAUACUGAAGACUUCUUAAUUCUGAAAUUCUAUAUAUAUUGGAGGCCAAACACUUAGAUACAUUUUACAGCCUAUAGGCACUGGGACACAAAUAAUAGACCUCGUUUGGUUUAGUGUCGAGAACCGAAGGAUAUACAUAUUCAUCGUUAUUAAUAAGUAAAUGAUAUUGGUAUGUAGUCA